AUGGCUCUCGGACGAACAUUCAAACUCAACACCGGCUAUGAAAUCCCCGCAGUAGGAUUGGGCACAUGGCAAUCAAAGCCCAACGAGGUCAAACAGGCCGUUGCGGCGGCACUGAAGGGCGGCUAUCGUCACAUCGACGCCGCCUCGGUAUACGGCAAUGAGCGUGAAGUUGGGGAUGGUAUCAAGGCAUCCGGGGUGCCUCGCAGAGACAUCUUUCUCACUAGCAAGUUAUGGAACACCGAUCACAAUCCCGAGAACGUUGAGGCUGCGGUGGAUCGUUCGUUGAGCGAUUUGCAAACGGACUAUCUUGAUCUUUACCUGAUCCACUGGCCAGUCGCAUUCCGUCAUUCCACGACUACCAUCCAGCCGGUGGAUGAGAAGACGGGUCUCAUCGAUGUGAUCGACGUUCCAAUCAAAGAUACCUGGACAGCUUUGGAGGCACUAGUAGCCAAAGGCAAAGUUAGAUCUAUUGGUGUCAGCAACUUCACCAAAGAGAAAAUCGAAGAAUUGCUCAAGACAGCAAAGAUACAGCCUGCAGUGAACCAAAUCGAAGCCCACCCCUUCCUUCAGCAGAGAGAUUUGUUGGAAUGGUCUAAGCAGAAGGGCAUCGUUGUAACAGGAUACUCUCCCCUCGGCAAUAACAUCUACAACAUCCCGCGAGCUGUCGACGACCCCUUGGUCAUCGAAACCGCCAAAUCGCUCGGCAAAACUCCUGCUCAGAUCCUCGUCAGCUGGGCUGUCCAGCGAGGAACAGUGGUUCUCCCUAAGUCUGUGACCCCGGAGAGAAUUCAAAGUAACUUCGAAGACUUCGUCCUUCCUGAGGAUGCAUUCCAGGCUAUCCAGUCAUUGGAGAGACAUCAACGCAUGAACUUCCCCGCGAGGCUUGGCGUCGAUAUCUUUGGAGAGGUUGGAGAGGAAAGCGCUAGGAAAAGUGCAUUGGACUGGGCUGAGCAGCAGAAGAAACUUCGGAAUUAG